AGCGUUUAUUGCUAAAAGCUCCAGCAGCGUGAAAUGGACUUGUCCUAAUCAGGAACGAACCAACGGCGUCUGCUAUGAUUACGUUAUUGCGCAUGUUCAGUUCUCUCCUCCCUUCUUGCAAUCGCUUUAUUUCACAUUAUAAUUACCAACACUAGGUACUUUCGGUAUAACAAUCGGUCGUUAGGCUUCCUGUGGAACGAAAGGAAAAAACAAUACGAAUCAUUAAGAGUCUGUUAUAUAACAGUGACCUGGAAAGUAUCAGCUGAAUAAUAUCAGGAUGGCGUUAGUACAGGUAGAAAAGUUGGUGAAGUUAUAUACAUCAUUAGCUACCGCUCCAUCUUUAACUUGUGUACGAAUUCUGAAUCCAUUAAAUAAUAAUGUGGUGGUACAAAGCAAAUGGACGCAGAGAAAUCUGGAUAUAAAGACCAAUCAACGUUUUCUGAUCAAUCAUAUCUUUAAGCCUGGCAGUAUCGAGGACUCCAGUGAUCUUCCAAUCGAUAUUACCACAGAGCUCAUGUCUACUCUGACAAAUGAUGAAAAAUUCAGGGCUGUUCUGAGACAAGUCACAGUUGAAAAUACUAAGAAAGAAUUUAUAGAAAUCUGGGAUAAGCAUCAUUUGGUGAAAAAUUAUGAUCUUUCUGCUUUGGAUGUUCAUGGCAAUGUUUAUACGGAUAGUGAAUUUAGUUCUUUCAAGUGGUCUCCGGAUAAUACUAAACUUCUCUACAUAGCAGAAAAGAAGCUUCCCAAGACAGAACCAUUUUAUAAGCAAAAACCUCAAGAUAAGAAAGAUAAGAAAGAUAAUGAGAUGGUAAUAGCUGGUAACGAAUAUAUCUAUAAGCCUCAUUGGGGAGAACAAUUGGUAGAUAAACACCGACCUGUCGUUGUGGUCCUUGACACAACAAUGGAAACCAUUACAACAUUGUCUGAAAUACCAGAUGACCUUUCCCCUGGUCAAGUAAUCUGGACGAAAGAACAGGAUAUAAUUGGUGUGGCUUGGAAGCACGAGCCACGUUAUUUAGGUCUUGUCUCGUGCACCAACAGAGCUUCGUGGAUAUUCUUAUUAAAGGACGGGAAAUAUCAAAAAUUAUCCGAUGAUGGAUGUGCCGUGCAUAGUCCGAGACUUAAUCCAAGUGGAGAUACUCUCGUUUGGAUCGAGAGAAAUAUUAGUAAUUUGCAUCACAACACACAAAGACUUAUGAUGCGUGAUUUAAAAUCCGUGGAAACGAAGAAUAACGUAAUUGUGGAUAUUGUGCAAACGAGCGAAACGAUUAAGAAAAACAAACAAUUUUAUGGAAUAUAUGGUCGCUUGCCUGAUCGUUGUUGGAGUGAUGACGAGCAUUUAUUUUUCAGUACACCUCAGAAGAACAAUAUCUUCUCUUACAUUGUAAACAUAAAAACAAAAGAUAUCGUUGAGGUACAAAAUGAGAACAGUAGUCUCAGUGUACUAGACGUAAAAGGAAACGUGGUUGCAUUUUUAAGUACAUCUCUAACGCAACCUUCGUGCCUCAUGGUAGGUUGUUUUCAAAAUACCGAGUUGGAAACUGGCGAUAUUUCGAAAUUAGCCAUUACAACACCGCUAAAUUUUGGUCUUGAUAAAUUUAUGUAUGAGGCUAAUGAAUAUACUUACGACAAUGACGACGAGAUAAAGCAAUUCAACUUUAUUUACUUCGGCCCCAAAAGCGGAAAAACCAAGUCGACACCUUUUAUAAUCGUACCACACGGAGGUCCUCAUAGCAAUUAUGCAAACACGUUUUCUUUGGACUUCUCUUUCUUGGCAUUAUCAGGUUUCGCGCUGGUGCUGGUUAACUACCGCGGUUCCACGGGGAUGGGAGCGACGACCGUGGAGUUUCUUCAAGGGAAAGUGGGAGACGCAGAUGUGAGAGACUGUAUAACUGCCGCAGAGGAAUCAUUGAAGAAGUAUCCCUGGCUCGAUCCGAAACGCAUAGGCCUUUGCGGCGGAUCGCACGGUGGAUUCUUGGUGGCGCAUUUGAGCGGACAAUUCCCGGACAUGUUUAAAGCGGCGGUCGCGAGAAACCCAGUGAUCGACAUCUCCCUUAUGUUCCACACGUCGGAUAUCCCAGAUUGUCGCAAUGCUCUGACUAAGGAAGAGAAAAUAACAUAUCUUCACGAUGUGUGCGCCGCAGCAAUAAAUGCUUCUUCCUGCAACCUUUUGGAAGCCGGCAGCCAACCCGACCUCGUCAAGUUGUUCGUGAAAAUGCUGGAACGCUCGCCCAUCAUUCACGUCGACAAAGUCAAGAUACCGACCUUGAUUUCCAUUGGAACGAACGAUCUGAGAGUACCGUAUUUCAGUGGGAAAACGUGGUAUCACCGUCUUAAAACCAACAACGUGAAAACUAAAAUGCACGUAUACGAGGACAAUCAUCAGUUACUGAACGGACCAAGCGAAAUCGAUCAUAUUAUCAACGAUUGUAUGUGGUUACUCGAACAUCUGAAGAAAGAUGAUGAUGCAGAACCCGAAAACGAGGAAUAAAUGAAGCUUGAAAUUUCGUUCCUUUUUGCGUUUGAUCUCAGAUAUAUAUAUAUGUAUGUAUGUAUCCGAGAUCAAACGUAAAAAAGAGCGAAAUUUCAAGUUUCAUUUAUAUUUAGGCUUCAUAUAUAUUA